CCUGAGGAGACAGCUCGCGGGGACUGCGGCCUCCCAGGACGGGCCGCAAGCCCAGCCGCCAUGAGGACCAGGGAAUGGCUGAAAUGUCUUGUGCCUUCCCACAGACUGGAGUGAAGAGUGGACAACCUCUCUCAAAUCACGUGGACUGAGAGUAGGGGGAGAGGACAUUCCACGGAGGAAAACCAAAAGAAGGGAUCCUCAUCAAGUAAAAGCCACAGAUGUCCACAACACUGGACUAUGUAUCCUUCCUGGGUCACUUCCAUGGAACUUUAUUGGAAUGCUGAGUUGUAAUUGACUGUUUACUUGUAAUAUAGGCUCUGUAUAAGCAGGGCUAUGUCUUGUUCACAGUUACAUCCCCAGGGUUAUCAGAAGAUCUUGCACAUAAAAGGCUCUCAUGAAAUUCCUGAGGACUCCUUGAUGGCCAUCCUGUUGGAGUUAGAAUGUCACUUUACAUGGAGUUUACUUAAGGAAGACAUUCUGUUUGAUGUGGAAGACACAAUUGAGCAACAGCUUGAAUUUCUUACCACAGAAUCCAGACUUACUCUUUAUAACCUGUUGGCCUAUGUGAAACACCUAAAAGGCCAAAAUAAAGAUGCCCUAGAGUGCUUGGAACAAGCAGAAGAAAUAAUCCAGCAAGAACACUCAGACAAAGAAGAAGUACGAAGUCUGGUCACUUGGGGAAACUAUGCCUGGGUGUAUUAUCACAUGGACCAGCUUAAAGAAGCUCAGGUGUAUAUAGACAGGGUAGGGAACGUCUGUAAGAAAUUCUCCAGUUUUUCUAAUUACAAGUUGGAGCAUCCUGAGAUUGACUGUGAGAAAGGGUGGGCACACUUGAAAUUUGGAGGAAAGUAUUACCAAAAGGCUAAAGCAGCUUUUGAGAAGGCUCUGGAAGCGGAACCUGACAAUCCAGAAUUUAACAUUGGCUAUGCCAUCACAGUCUAUCGGCUGGAUGAUUUUGACAGAGAAGGGUCUAUAAAGAGCUUUUCUCUGGGCCCUCUGAGGAAGGCUGUUACUCUGAACCCAGAUAACACCUACAUUAAAGUUUUUCUGGCACUGAAGCUUCAAGAUGUACAUGCAGAAGCUGAAGGGGAAAAGUAUAUUGAAGAAAUCCUGGACCAAAUAUCAUCCCAACCUUAUGUCCUUCGUUAUGCAGCCAAAUUCUACAGGAGAAAAAAUUGCUUGGACAAAGCUCUUGAACUUUUGAGAAAGGCCUUGGAGGUGAAACCAACCUCUUCUUUCCUGCAUCACCAAAUGGGACUUUGCUAUAGGGCACAAAUGAUCCAAAUCAAGAAGGCCACUCGCAACAGACCUAAAGGGAAGGAUAAACUGAAAGUUGAUGAGCUGAUUACAUCUGCCAUAUCUCAUUUUGAAACAGCUGUGCAACGAGACUCUAUGUAUGCAUUUGCCUACACGGACCUGGCCAACAUGUAUGCUGAGGGAGGGCAGUAUAACAAAGCUGAAGAGAUUUUCCAGAAAGCCCUUCGUCUGGAGAACAUAACUGAUGAUCACAAACAUCAGAUCCACUACCAGUAUGGCCGCUUUCAGGAAUUUCACUGUAAAUCAGAAAAUACUGCCAUCCACCAUUAUUUAGAAGCCUUAAAGUUCAAAGACAGGUCAUCGCUACGCACCAAACUGACAAGUGCUCUGAAGAAAUUGGCUACCAAGAGACUUGGUCACAAUGCUUCAGAUGUGCAGAGUUUAAGUGCCCUAGGGUUUGUUUACAAGCUGGAGGGAGAAAAGAGGCAAGCUGCUGAGUACUAUAAGAGGGCCCAAAAGAUAGAUCCAGAAAAUGCAGAAUUCCUUACUGCUCUCUGUGAGCUUCAACUUUCCAUUUAAAUACAUACUCUAGGAAAUUAGUUGUAAGCUUUUCUCUCCAUUUUGGGUUCUUAUCUUUUUGUUUAUUGUUUUAAUCCAUUGUUCAUUAUAGGGCCAAUUUUUAUUGAAUGAUUAUUGUGUACAGGCAUCAUACUAAAUACUUUAUAUGCAUUAUGAUGAGUCUUUUGUUGUUUUCUAUUUUUUUUUAUGUGUGUGUGUGAGGAAGAUUAGCCCUGAGCUAACAUCUGUUGCCAAUCCUCCUCUUUUUGCUGAAGAAGAUUGGCCCUGGGCUAACAUCCGUGCCCAUCUUCCUCUACUUUUAUAUGGGACGCCGCCACAGCAUGGCUUGACAAGCAGUACGUGGGUCCAUGCCCAGGAUCCAAACCUGUGAACCCCAGGCUGCCGAAGCGGAGUGCAGGAACUUAACCGCUACGCCAGCAGGCCGGCCCCUUUUAUUCUUUCUUUUAAUUAAAAUACCAUAAUCUAUUGAGAAACAGCAGUGUCCCAGCUGUUGCAACUUUUAAAAAUGGUAUAGCCAUGUGACUUUAUACCCUUUAUCUCUGCUACUUAUAAUAAUUUUCUGAUUAUAUUUUGUCUUCCCAUAUUACUCACUUAUGCAGUGAGUAUAAUCCUACAUAAGCCUUUGACACCUAGUCAAGAAUACUCUUUCAGGAAUACACAAUUAUAUUAGGUAAGCUGUUAAUUAUGCAGUUUGCAAAAGACGGAACUUUCCAGUUACAGAUGUUCUGACUUGGAUGAGGAUAUUUCACCAUCAACCUGGUAGUCACCUAAAGAAUCCUCUUUGUUGAAAGAAAAAAGGUCAUACUAAUAAAAAGUUUGUCAUCUCUGAUGGCUUCGAUAAAGGGAGAAAGAAGUAGAACAGAAGGAAAAAGAUUUCCUCAAAUACAAAACUUUAGGGAUCCAUGAGAAAUCUGAAGUAUUAUCUACCAAAAUGUUCAUUAACUAGCUAGAAAUAGAGAAAAAUGAAUAAUGGAAAAUUGUUAGUCUCAAGUUUCUCUGGUUCUUUCUUCCAAUGGAAUCUACAUGGAAUUAAUUUUAUUCCUUCCAGUUAAAAUUGCAGUAUUUUUGGUUAAAAUCAUUGAGAUAGAAAGGUGAUCAAUUGAGAAACUGGAAGAAAUGAUAAACAGGUAAAGUAGAUGUCCCUAACCUACAUCUCUAGAUUGCCAAGAUUUCAGUGAUUUAGGUUUGGGUCUGAACUGGGUAAAGUUCUCACCCCCAAUUUCUGGCCUUUUGUUAACUGUUUGGGUAUUCCAAAGUUACUUCUGUGAAGCUUUUUCUUUAGUCUGAAAUUUUCAGGUUGAUAUGUUUUCCUGUAGACUCUCCAGGAAUAGUUAAACCUUGCUUUCAAUUUUAAUGUCCACCUUGAAGGGUCACUGCUUAAGGGCUGUUAUCCCACGGGACUUUUUAAAUUGGGAUGUUACUAAAAGUGGCUUCUCUAAGAGACUUUCAUGAUAGACUGCACAAUUAUAUUUACCAUCACAGUAUUAGUGGAGAAGUGUGCCAUGUGAUUUAAUUCUCCAUACCGCCACUGUAGCUCUUAAAACUACCGUGUAUGUGUGUAUUUUUUACUUUUUGUUACUAUUUUUAUUUUUUAUAUUUCUAUUCUGGUUUUAUUAUAAAAGUAAUGAAUUAUAAUUCUAAAAUUUUAAACAAUAUACAGAAGUAUAUAAAUUUAAAGCUGAAAGCACUCCCUUCACCCCACCCCAGUUCCGCACCCACAAAGUAAACUGUUAACAAUUUGAUAUGUAUUGUUCCAGAUAUUCUUUUUCUAUGCAUAUGCAGACAUACAUGUAUACUGCAGUGUAUCUCAUGAAUUAAAUUUUUAAAAAUC